AUGGUUCAGAUGGUGACUAAAAUGCCAGUUGUUACAGAAGUGAGACCCUCCCACAACGACCAGUUCUGCAGUACAUGGGGAAACUACCAUUUUAAGACUUUCGAUGGAGAUUUCUUCCAGCUUCCUUACACUUGCAACUACAUCCUCACAUCCCAGUGUAAGGACAGCUAUGAGAACUUCAAUAUUCAGCUCCAGCGACAGGAGAUAAACGGGGUCAUCACCAUUAAGAAGCUCACAAUGAAACUCAAUGGGGUUGUUGUGGAGUUGGCCAACACUUCCAUUAUAGUCAAUGAUAAACCUGUCUCUAUACCAUUCAGUCGGGCCGGCAUUUCAAUCAGAAAAUCUGUCUCAUAUGUCAAAAUCAAGGCAAAGCUGGGUUUGGUCGUCAUGUGGAAUCAAAAGGAUGCCCUCUGGGUGGAGCUGGAUGCAAAAUUUAAGAAUCAGACAUGUGGCCUGUGUGGUGACUUCAACGGAGUCCAGCUUUAUGAUGAGUUCAUUAAAAGAGAUACAGGGGAUUCUGUUACUGCUGAAGAUUAUGGGGAGGACUGGAAACUCAAUGGUCCCACUGAAGACUGUGAAGAAACCUCCUCUACAGCUACACCAAGCUGUGAAACUCAGACAGACCUCUGUGAGAACCUGCUGUCAGGACCUGCAUUCCUCAGCUGUCAAAACCUGAUUGAUACUGACUCCUUUAUCAAAGCCUGUGUGCAGGACCUGUGCAAAUGUAACAGUAACAGCACUUCAUGCUUAUGUUCAACCAUCUCAGAGUACUCCCGCCAGUGCGCUCAUGCAGGCGGGAACCCACAGCAAUGGAAGACUGCACAACUAUGUGCAAGAACAUGCCCAUUCAACAUGGAGUAUAGAGAGUGUGGUAGUCCCUGUACUGACACCUGUACUGACCUCCAGAGAAGCCAAGUGUGUGAGGAGCACUGCAUAGAUGGAUGCUUCUGUCCACCUGGGACUGUCUUUGACGAUAUUUCACAAAAUGGGUGUAUUGCUGCUGACCAGUGCUCCUGCUUACACAAUGGCAACACAUACAAACCAGGGGAAUCAUACUCAACAACAUGUCGUAGCUGUACCUGCACUCAGGGUGAGUGGAUAUGUAAGGAUCUUGACUGUCCUGGUAUCUGCUCCAUACUGGGUGGAUCACACAUCUCAACCUAUGAUGACAAAACAUACACUUUCCAUGGAGACUGCUCUUAUCUUCUCUCCAAGGUAAUGAAUGGAACUUUCAUAGUCCUUGGUGACCUGGUCAAAUGUGAGAAAUCAGAUAAAUCAACUUGCCUGUCUGCAGUCACUCUACUACUGGCAAAAGAAAAGAUGAUUGUAAUUAAAGCCAACGGACAGGUCUUCCUUAACAAACAGAUCUCUCAACUGCCUCUUUUCAUGGAUGACAUUACAGCCUUCAGCCCAUCGACAUUCUUCAUUGUAAUCCACACCACCUAUGGACUUGAUCUUGAGAUUCAACUCACACCCAUUAUGCAGGUUUACAUCAAAGCCAGUGUGUCCAAUAAGGGAGAACUCAGUGGCCUUUGUGGAGAUUUUAAUGAUGUUGAAGCCGAUGACUUCAGAACCACAAAUGGAUUGAUUGAGGGAACAGCUGGGACAUUUGCCAACACAUGGAAGACCAAACCAAGCUGCCCUGAUGUGACACCUAAACUAGGCGACCCCUGCACUUUGAGCAUAGCCAAAGAGAAAUUUGCCAAAAACUGGUGCUCCUUGCUGUCAGACCCAAGAGGGAUUUUUGCCAACUGUCAUUCUGAAAUAGACCCAGAAACAUAUGAAGCUUCUUGUAUUUAUGAUACUUGCGCCUGUGAAAACAGUGAGAUGUGCAUGUGUGCUGCCAUAUCCUCCUAUGUCCAUGCAUGUGCUGCUGAAGGUAUCUUACUGAAUGGAUGGAGGGACACCGUGUGCAAGAAAUACACAACUGACUGCCCGUCUACUUUGGUGUAUGACUACCAGAUGGAAAGCUGUGGUCGCACCUGUCGCUCUCUCAGUCAGUCAGACUCAACAUGUGAGGUUAAAUUUACACCACUUGAUGGUUGCGGCUGUGCUGAAGGAACUUAUCUAAAUGAAAAGGGAGAGUGUGUGUCAGCCCCACAAUGCUCCUGUCAUGUGGGAGAAACAGUGAUGCAGCCUGGGCAGGUCAUCAGUGCCUAUGGACAAACUUGCUCCUGCCAUGCUGGAAAAUUAAGCUGUAAAGGAGGCCAUGUGUAUGAAUCAUGCACCGAUCCAAUGGUUUUCUUCAACUGCUCCAGUGCAAAGCCAGGUGACAAGGGAUCAGAGUGCCAAAACAGCUGCCAGACUCUGGACACAGAAUGUGUCAGUACAGAGUGUAUCUCUGGCUGUGUAUGUCCUGCUGGCCUGCUGUCAGAUGGUAAAGGAGGCUGUGUUGAGGAGGAGGACUGUCCCUGCCCAUAUAAUGGACAAUACUAUAAUGCUGAGCAGACUGUCAAGGUGGACUGCAAUACCUGGUGA